GACAGAUAUUGCAAUGAGAUGCUGACGUAUCUUGCCAUUUUCUACAAAGCUUUGCUUUGAGCUUUCUUUGGUUUCGCAUUUCCAAGCACUUUGGUGGGGAGAGAAAAACUCAGCACCAGCAAAAGACCGGAAUAUCCCCUUUUCCGACUGUGAGUUUCUCUCUGAACUUACAGAUCCGCCCCGAUGGCCGAUCAUACCGGAGAGAAGGAUGCAUCGACUUUAUUGAAGGAGGAGAAGAUCGAAGAAAGAUUGCACGUCAGCGGGUCUUCUUCGUCGUCCUCUUCAGACUCUGAGGACGAGCGUGACAAGAAGUCACCGGUUCAUGCCGUUAAUGCGCCUAAGACCCAUCGCCUAUUCGGCCGUGAGAGAUCCGUGCACAAGGUUCUAGGCGAAGGAAAAGCUGCUGAUAUUUUCCUGUGGAGGGACAAGAAAGUUUCCGCUGCUGUCCUUAGUUUUGCCACUUCUAUUUGGGUGCUUUUUGAAUUGCUGGAAUACCACUUACUCACACUUGUAUGCCAUGUUUUGAUUCUUUCUCUAGCAAUAUCAUUCCUAUGGUCAAAUGCAUCCACAUUCAUCAACAAAUCCCCACCCCAAAUCCCAACUGUCAUUCUUCCUAAGGAUGUUGUCCUUGGUGUUGCUUCUGAACUGAGGACUGAGAUCAACCGAGCUUUGGCUAUCCUUCGAGACAUUGCAUCUGGAAAAGAGUUGAAGAAAUUUCUUGUUGUCAUUGCUGGCUUGUGGAUUUUGUCAAUCCUUGGGAGCAGUUUGAACUUUCUCACUCUAUUUUAUAUAAUUGCUGUGCUGCUGCACACAGUUCCUGUUCUGUACGAGAAGUAUGAAGAUCAGGUUGAUGCUUUUGCUGAGAAGGCUGGGGAAGAGUUCAAGAAGCAAUAUGCUAAGUUUAAUGAGAAAGUUCUCAGCAAAAUUCCAAAACGCUCCUUGAAGGACAAAAAACUUGCUUAAAGGACUUGCUUGUUUUACAUGGAAGCUUCUUCCUGAGUGUUGAGAUGUUUCAUUUGAAAGCCGUUUUUACCUGUCAUCCUGACGAUGUGUAAGCUUGUUUUCCUUGGACAUUUGUUUUACCAUGUUCUUGACAGUCUUAACUGCCAGUGCCUGUUAACUGGAGAUAGCAUGUUGUAUUUUAUACUGGCGUUCUGUUUGUGCCUCAGAGUUGAGGUUUGUAGUUGUGUAUGUGGACAAAAGUUAUGACAUAUGUAGGGAGUUUUGGAGAAAGAAUAGACACACUCACACACCCCUAUUGUUUGUGCUUCAGAAUUGAGGUUUGUAGUUUUUUAUGUGGACAAGAGUGACGUUAUAUGUAGGGAGUUUUGGAGAAAAAUAGACACACUCAC